UUUAAAUUCAUCUUUCGUAUCCGCGCCCGUCGUCCUUUCUCUCUCUAGGGUUUUAUCCUGCCUGCAUCUCGCGUUUCCCCUUUUGUUUUAGUUUCUAUUUCUGGGUCUCAACUCCCCUUCCUCUUCGCGUAGAAUUUUAACUUGUUUUUUGCUCUCACUGGAAAUUUCUAUAGUUUUUUUUUUUUCAGUUUUUCUUCGUCUUUUUGAUAAUUUUUUAUUAGUUGAAGAAAGAUAAUUUGGAUGGAGUUUGGAGGCGCGAAAAAAAGGGGUAGACCAGACGGUGGAAUCAAUGGCAAUGGCGGUCUGAAGAAAUCCAAGCAAGAAAUGGAGUCGUAUACUACUGGUAUAGGAAGCAAAUUGAAGCCAUGCACAAAGUUUUUCAGUACUUCUGGGUGUCCGUUUGGGGAGGGAUGCCACUUCUUGCAUUAUGUCCCAGGCGGGAUCAAGGCUGUCACUCAGAUCCUUGGCAGCAAUCCAGCUCUUCCUGCUGCUCCCAGAAACCCUGUAGCUCCUCCUCCAUUCCCAGAUGGACCUGCCCCAGUUGUGAAAACUCGUUUAUGCAACAAAUACAAAACAGCUGAAGGAUGCAAGUUUGGGGACAAAUGUCAUUUUGCACAUGGUGAGUGGGAGUUGGGCAAGCCAACAGUUCCAUCACACGAGGAUCCCCGUGCUAUGGGACAAAUGCCAGGACGAUAUGGUGGUGGUCGGAUGGAUGCAACUCCACCAAAUCUCGGGGUGGCAGCCAGUUUUGGAGCCUCUGCUACUGCUAAGAUCAGUAUUGAUGCAUCUCUUGCAGGUGCGGUUAUAGGCAAGGGUGGGGUCAACUCCAAGCAAAUCUGCCGAUUGACGGGAGCUAAGCUCUCCAUAAGGGAUCACGAAUCCGAUCCCAACUUAAGGAACAUUGAACUUGAAGGUUCAUUUGAUCAGAUCAAGCAAGCCAGCCAAAUGGUUCGAGAACUUAUUGUGAAUGUCAGUGCUGCUGCAGGGCCGGCCAUGAAAAACCCAGGCAUGUCUGGCCUGGCCCCUGCUAACAACUACAAAACAAAACUUUGUGAGAACUUUACCAAGGGAUCUUGCACUUUUGGAGAAAGGUGCCAUUUUGCGCAUGGAGCAGAAGAAUUGCGCAAGUCGGGAAUAUGAACUCUAUGUGUUGUGAUGUGUUGCCCUGCUCUUGGGUCUUUGAUCUUGUUGUGGUUUUAGGUGUUGUCUGUUUUACCCUCUUUAUAGGGACGGGUAGAUGACAUUUUUAUAUUAGAGUUGGCUAGUUUUGUUAUUCCGAAAUCUUGAAUGAUGCGCUAUUUAUUGAUGGGAAUUUUGCUAUGCUUUCUGAAUUC